CCGGGCGGGGCACGCGGGCGCCAGGACUGGGGCGCGGAGGGCGCGCGGCGCGGGAUUGGCGGGCGCUCCUCGCGGGGUCCGCCGCCUGCUCUUCAGGCGGAGCACGGAAAGGCGCGCGCAUCAGCGCUGGAGCCCUUGGCCGCUUCGGCUCCGCCGCGCUCCCACCGCCCCGAGCGGACACCCCGGGCAUGAGCGCUUCCCCGACGCUGCCCCCCAGGGGCGAGCUCGAGACGGCCUGCUCCCCAGCGGCCAACGCCAGCUGCGCCCCGGCCGGGGAGGAGGAGGCGGCGGCGGGGACCCGGGACACAGGGACAGGGGGCAUGGUCGCCAUCCAGUGCGUCUACGCCUUGGUGUGCCUGGUGGGCCUGGUGGGCAACGCCCUGGUCAUCUUUGUGAUCCUCCGCUACGCCAAGAUGAAGACGGCCACUAACAUCUACCUGCUCAACCUGGCCAUCGCGGAUGAGCUCUUCAUGCUGAGCGUGCCCUUCGUGGCCUCGUCGGCCGCCCUGCGCCACUGGCCCUUCGGGUCCGUGCUGUGCCGCGCGGUGCUCAGUGUGGACGGCCUCAACAUGUUCACCAGCGUCUUCUGUCUGACAGUGCUCAGCGUGGACCGCUACGUCGCCGUGGUGCACCCUCUGCGCGCCGCCACCUACCGGAGGCCCAGCGUGGCCAAGCUGAUCAACUUGGGCGUGUGGCUGGCGUCCUUGCUGGUCACCCUGCCCAUCGCCAUCUUCGCAGACACCAGGCCGGCUCGGGGUGGCCCGGCCGUGGCCUGCAACCUGCAUUGGCCUCACCCGGCCUGGUCGGCGGUCUUUGUGGUCUAUACUUUCCUGCUGGGUUUCCUGCUGCCCGUUCUGGCCAUCGGCCUGUGCUACCUACUUAUCGUGGGCAAGAUGCGGGCAGUGGCACUCCGGGCCGGCUGGCAGCAGCGGAGGCGCUCGGAAAAGAAGAUCACGCGGCUGGUGCUGAUGGUGGUAGCCGUCUUCGUGCUCUGCUGGAUGCCUUUCUAUGUGGUGCAGCUGCUGAACCUGUUUGUGACCAGCCUUGAUGCCACGGUCAACCAUGUGUCCCUAAUCCUCAGCUAUGCCAACAGCUGCGCCAACCCUAUCCUCUAUGGCUUCCUCUCUGACAACUUCCGCCGUUCCUUCCAGCGGGUUCUCUGCCUGCGCUGCUGCCUCCUGGAUGCUGCUGGUGGUGCUGAGGAAGAGCCCUUGGACUAUUAUGCCACUGCGCUCAAGAACAGAGGUGGGGCAGAAUGGAUAUGCUCUCCACUGCCCUGCCAACAGGAGCCCUUGCAACCAGAACCCAGCCGUAAGCAGGUCCCCCUCACCAGGACCACCACCUUCUGAAAAGCCCUUUCACCUCCUCCCCAGCCUGACCAACUAAAAGGAGUCUGUGCCAUCCUUACAACCUAGCAGACUGCCUGUCCUGGAUGCUCACCUAAGAGCCACCACCUGUUCCCACCACAGUCACCUUUUUCCAGCAGUCUGUGUGCUAGCCCCAAGAUCACCAAAGCUCCUUUGCUUUCUCCCAUCCCCAGGACUCCGGGUUUCAGGAGGACACCUCCACGGGGGUAGGACUCCUCUGAGCACUGGUCUGUGAUGUUAAUCAUCCCUGGACCUCUGACUAUUUUCCGAGGGGUGGGAGGCAGGGGAAUGUCAGGGAGGAAUGGCCGUGUGCCUGUGACGUCUUACAGAGUCUCUGCCCCAGAGAGGGCUGUCCAGAGGGUGGAGGCAGCCAGUCGCUUGCUCUCUGCAGACUCUUUGGCUGUGGUGGGGACAUCACAUGUUUGAUACGAGAAGGGAGGAAGGAAGGUGCCUCUAAGCACACUCCCUUUGCUUCCAUUCCUGUGUUCCCUCUAACUGAAAUUUAUGCACGACAGUCUGGGGCACCAGCUUGGUCACUCUCCAGGCCCAGUGCUUGCUUACAGUCAGAAGUGUCACUCCGAUUGUCUUGGGCUGACAGCAGGCUUCCUGUGAGUAGAAAAAGGUUGGCAGUUUGUAAUGUGGGAUUUGUUAUGAGGCAUAAAACCAGGUCGGUACUAAAAAAGGAUAAAUCUCAUCUAGCUCCUAUGAUGUGAUUUUUUGCCUCGACCCUUUGGCAUGGGAGCA